CUCGCCAUCGACUCCAAACAAACAACGUACCAACACCUCAAUCGCACGCGAUAACGUACGCUCCAAUCACCGCGCUAUCGAAUUACAGCACCACCUACUCACAUCGCAAUCACUAUGGCUGAUCAGUCGGGCGACCACCAGAUGGAGGGUGUGGAGGCCCCCACCGGUGCUGUCGACAAGGGCAAGGGCAAGGCGCCGCAGGUCCCACAGGGAAUGGAGGAAUCCGGCGAGGAGGAUUCAAGCGACGAGUCCGGUGCUGAGGAGCAGGGCGGCGACGAAGAGCCUGUAGAUGAGGACACCAUGGAGGAGAUCGAUACUAGCAACAUCGUCGGCAGCCGCACGCGCGGAAAGAACAUCGACUUCGCCAAGGCGGCCCAAGAGCUCGGCGACGAAGACGAUGAGGAGGACGACGAGGACUUCAACGAUCCGGAUGAGGAGAUGAAGGACAAUUAAGCGCGCGCGGGUCCUCCUCGUUCUUCCGCUCCGUUCGACGCGACUACGAGACUUCGACGUCCAUACUUUGGGUAUUCGGAUUGGGUCGGUAUAAACAAAAAGCGCAUUGGCAUUGGGAAGCGGGUAGGCUCACAUGGAACAUGGAG